UUUUUGGUUUUUCCUUCCCGAGGAGCCCUAGCUCGCUUGAAACGAGAUGAAGAUCCGAAAGGCGAAGCAAGAACAUGGCCCAAUCUUCUCCGAGGAUACACUGGCAGCGAAGAUCAUGAAUGUCAAUGUAUUGAAACUGGAUGGAACAGCCUUUGAGAUUUCGGUGCUGGACGGCGCGAGCGUGGCCGAUCUCAAGGCAUCGCUGGAAUUCACCGCGAAUGAUCUCCAGAAGAAAUCUUUGGGGCAGGGCUCUGGCAGCAUAGAUUGGGAUCAAGUAUGGGCUAAUUUCUGCCUGUGCUACAUGAAUCAAAAGCUCCUGGACGAUUCAGCGACACUGCGAUCAAUUGGAAUACAACGCGAUGAUCAGAUCACGUUUGUUUGCCACAAGAGCUGUCAAAACACUCGAAGAAAACGCUGGCUUGGGGGAUGCUUCGCUCAUCCAUGAUCUCUUGUCCUUUCUCAAGUUAACUCUCUCUCAAUUGUAAAUAGAACACUAACAGAGAAUGAAAGAAAACUUCCAUC